AUGCGCUCUGAGGCGCGCACCCUAGGUCUCAGCACUUUUCUGGACGAAUACAUCGGCCGCGGCGUCUCCCUACGCGCCCUCCUCGAGGUCUUUGGCGCGCCAUUUGCGCUGAUAUCUUCCGUGCCGGAUUUUCAACUGUUGCCCUUACUGCGCAACCAGAUGGUGCGGUUCUACCGACAUAGACCUAAGCUGAGCGGGAUUAAUUCCGUGCAGGAUGUCGUGGAGCUUUUGCAAGGUGCUCGAAAAAUUAUGGUGCUGACCGGCGCAGGUGUUAGUGUGUCCUGUGGGAUUCCGGAUUUCCGCUCGCCCACUGGAAUAUACACACGGUUGAAUGAUGAGUUUGGGCUGGAUGACCCACAGCAGAUGUUUGAUAUUGAGUAUUUCCGCGAAACUCCCGAGCUCUUCUACUCCUUUGCCAAAGAGCUCUACCCUUAUAAUUUUACUCCGGCGCCCACCCACGCGUUUGUCAAGUUGUUGGAGGAUGAGGGGAGGUUGUUGAGGAACUAUACGCAGAACAUCGAUACCCUGGAGCAUGUUCAGGGGAUUAGCAGGGUGCUGAAUUGUCAUGGGUCGUUUGCUACUGCUACGUGUAUUAAAUGUGGGUAUGCGUGUGAUGGGAAGGACUUGGAGGAGGAUAUUAUGGCUAUGCGGAUCGCCUUUUGCCCGCAAUGUAAGGACGGACCAAGCGAACCGGUUUCUCAACCCAACGUGCCUGCCGGCGGACUUGCCGUGGCCAGCGGAACCGGCGCCUAUGCCUCUUUCAAGGACGACGAAGAUGACGACGACGAGGAUGAUAUGGACUAUGGAGUUGUGCGUGGGAUAAUGAAACCAGACAUAACCUUUUUCGGCGAGAAGCUCCCCGACCAAUUCGAUGAAGCCCUCCUAGAGGACCGCGACCAAGUAGAUCUCCUCCUAGUCAUGGGCAGCAGUCUCAAAGUCGCCCCGGUCUCGGAUAUAAUGAGCCACUUGCCGCAUAAUAUCCCCCAGGUGGUAAUAAACAAAACCCCCAUUUUGCAUUUGAACUUUGACGUUCAGUUACUCGGCGACGCCGACGAUAUUGUUGCGUUUUUGGCGCGGGAAUGCGGAUGGGAGUUGAGACACGAGAAGAUACCGGGGGGGAAUGGUGGAAGCAGUGAUCUGAAUAGAGAUAUAAAUAAGGCUAUCGUUUAA